GGUGCCAUUUUGUUCGUUUAAACCAGGCCUGGACCGUCGUCGACCAAUGAUCUAAUACGAAAACAGGUUUUAACAAGUCAUAUCCAUAGAAACUGGUAAUUUCUACGUUUUAUUUGUGUCAAAUAUGAAUGUAAGCCAAUGGUAUCGUACAUUUGCUAGUUAACUAGCGUUAAUGUCGGUGUAAAUGGUCUUAAGUCGAGCAAUAGUUAGCUGCUAGCUCAUAUAUCUAGUUAACGUUAUAAGAAUCUGAUCCUUGGUGAACAUGUACGGUUAAUCAAGUCAUAUCUCACUUCGGGACUUUCUGUAAAUUAUCAUUAGUUUGAAACAAACACCAGCUGUUUAAUCUAGUUACAGCAAGCAGGGUUGUCUUAGCAUGCUUCGUUUUCAGCGAAGAAAACUCGGCCCUGUUGUGAAACGAGCCGCUUUGUUAGCCAUUUAGCUACUUAACAUUGCAUAUAUGGCUGUCUGUUUUACAUACAUUUAUAUUGCCUGUUAUUGUUUUCUGAAUUAUUCAUUUUUAUUUUAAAGUAAGCGUGUAUGAAACUUAUUUAUUUAGCUAGCUACAGCAGUUACUCUGAGAUGUAAAUUAAAUGCAUAUCGUUGUUACUUUUUGCGUUGCUUUUUCAAGUUAAAACCGGUUCAUGAGUAAUCGACCAGAUCUUUAAGUUUCAUUUUAUAUUCAUGUCAGGUUAUGAUGCUGCAUACAGACUACAGUGGGUUUAAAGAAAAUGUCUUGUACAGGCCUUCAAAGGCAAAACCUUUUACAACAGAGCAAAAAAAGUCAAAUUGGAGAUUGGUUUAUCAAAAAAAAUCUAAUUUUAAAACGUAAUGCCUUGAUUGCACAUUAUUAAAAUUGGCUUUUUGUCCAACAUCAUAAUGGUGUGCAAAAUGAAAUCUGCACAUGCAGAUGCUUACUUCAGUACGUGUUGAUAAAUGUCUGUUUCUGGUUCUGAAAAGCUAAAUCUCAGCUUGCCAAAAUGUGUAAUUUCUUUGUGGUUAGGGCACUUGGAAGUAUUCUCAAAUAAUAUUUUAAUUCCUUACCCAUUUGCCCACUUUGAAGUAUGUGGGGAGUGUUUUGUUUUUCUUUUUAAAGGUUAUAAAGGAAUUUCUUCUACAGCCCUGAUAACUGGAUUUGGAUAGAGGCCAACAAAUGGAGACAUAUCUUCUCUGAAGAUUGGCUCUUUUUAUCUCCACACUCACUUAUUUUUUAUUUUUUUGUCCUUCACAGUGGAUGAUUUUUUUUUCUUCUUUUGAAAAUUAAACUUUUACCUAAUUUUAAGUGUUCUCACCCGUCAUCAAAUUGCCACAAUCAGUGUGAAGAAAUAGAAGACACCCCUUCCCGCCCCUACACACACAUGCACACACACACCUUCAAGAGUUUCAUUCCCGUUCGCCCUGGCUGUCACCUUGAACACUUAGCCUGAGGAUUUUUGUCACCAAACAAUUGUUUUUUUUUUUAUUGAGGAAUAGAAAAGGACAUUUCACCACCUUUUUACUUGUAACAAAUCAGUCUAAGACGAGCAAGUUUCUCAGUGACGAAAGCCUCUCUCUCGCCCUGUUCAAUCUUAACUCAUCGGUCAAGUGUUCCUUCAGGACCUUUACACCUUGGAGACAACCCGAAGAGGUAGACCUUUUGGAGACAUCUUCACUGCAGGAAAACUCCAGAGGGCCUUGUAGCAGCACUUGAAGAUUUCCUGUCCAGCAAGAGUAUCCCCUGGCCCUGACCAGGAUGAGCAAUAAGGGAGAUGAUUGCUAUUUCUUUUAUUAUUCGACGUGCACAAAGGGCGAUGCUUGCCCUUUCCGACACUGUGAAGCUGCCAUGGGUAAUGAGACUGUCUGCAGUCUUUGGAAAGAGAACCGUUGCUUUCGCAAUGUUUGUAAAUUCCGUCACAUGGAAAUAAAGAAAAACCGCAAAGAAAUCCCUUGUUACUGGGAAAAUCAGCCAGGGGGAUGCCAAAAGUUUCACUGUGCUUUUCACCAUGAGAAGCCACGUUUAAUUGAUGGCCUUUUUGUUGCCCCAGACAAAGGUCCUGUGCUGAGGAAGGAUAAAGAAGAAGAAACUCCACAGGAUGACCAUGUGCCGUCUGCUUCUGCUAACAUGUCCAACACCACCAACCCACAACUCAGAGGAGUAAUCAAGGUGGAGACUCAAGAAAGCGUCCCCAGUCCCACACACCCACCAGUAGUCAUUAAUCCUGUGGAUGAUGAGGAUGAUGAAGAUGUAGAUCAGUUUUCUGAAGAGGGAGAGGAAGUAUCUGGUGUCUCUCCAAAGAAACUGCUGAGCUCAAGUACAGAUGACUCACUAAAUUUUGGCAUCAAGUCACUGGAGGAAAUCAGGUUGGGGAAAGCUCUAAAGGCCAGUCUAAACAGACCAGGUCAUCCCAUUUUGCAAAGCCCUGAUAGUUUCACCUCGACAAAACAUGGCAACGGAACUGGCACAGGGAAGGAAACCAAUCAGUCUAUCACACAGGCAGUCACUACCAAUGAGUCACCUGCUUUGGAGGAUUCCAGAAAAAGGAAAAUUACAGACAGGCUUGGAAAAGGAUUUGAGGAAGACGUGCUUGUGGAAGGAGGUGUACGGCUUAAAGGGUCCCUUGCUAAGCGCCUUGGUGGAUUUGUUGACUUCACUGAGAAUAAAAUCAAUAUGCCUCCACAGAAAGUUAAAACUCUGAGACCAGUGCGAGAAAGACUUGGAAUAACUCCUGAUAUCACUGCACCCACGUCACCAAACAGUGAGUCAAAGCCUUCUGGUGAGAUCCGCAUCAAAACUCUUGAAGAGAUUCGUCAGGAAAAGGCUGCUAAAUUUCCAAUGCAGUGCAAAGGUGUCAGAGAUGUUGCUGAGGUCCCCACAAAAAUGUUAACUUCCACCAAAAAAGUAAAUAAGCCUUUCAUUGGGCCAAGUGUAAAGACUUUCUCAGAGGUCCUGCAUGAGAAGAAGAAAUUCCAGGAAACAAAGGUGCUAUCUCAGCAAAGUGGUACUAGCACUGAAAAAACUGAGGGCCCUACAAAUAGUGAAGUGAUCAAACUGACCGACCGAACAGCAGAGAUCAGAGUAAAGACGCUUGAAGAGAUACGUAAAGAAAAAGCUGCCAGAAUGCAAGCAAAGCUUCAGGACAACACAAAUGAAGCACCUUGUUCAAGUGAACCAGUCCCAAAAAGACGGGUUCUUUGCAUUGGCAAGACUGGGUCAGGUAUCAACAAUAGGUCUCAAAAAGUGAAUGAUUCUGAGAAGGUGGAUUGCAAUGAAGAGUCUGUUGUAACCAGUGGAAAGAGCGACUCCACCAUUCAGGAUAUAACAGUGAAGAGCUUUGAGGAAAUUAUGCGAGAGAAAAGACUUCGCAAGCAGCAGGAGCAGGCUGUAUCAGCUGUUGGGAUAGAGCAAGCUGCACUGAAAACAGGCUCAGUACUUUGUGAAAAAAAGCCUCCUGCUGUAAUCAGCCCAGGAAUAACCAUUCAAGCAAAUUCAGCCAUAAGAGAAGGCAGUAGUCCUCAGGCCUCCUCUCCUGUCUUUUCUGUGGUACCCCAGAGGAAGUCUCCAGAGCGGCAGAACAAGGAAAACUCUCUUACAAUGAGCCCGAAAAAAUCCAAGCCAUUCUCUCCUGUGCAAGUGUCAGAAAUAGAAGAUUCUUUAGGCCAUCGUUCACAGGAGCCACAGUGGGAGAACACUCAAAUAGUCAACAAGAUGCCACCAAGCAAAGCACCUGAAUUAAAAGUGAGGCCCAAACUGAAUGUAAAGCCAUCAGUGAUGAAGCCAGCUGCUCAGGUAAUACCUGGACAGAAAAGGAAAGCUGCAGCCAUCCAUUGCUCUGCUGUUGCUGCAGUGAAACCUCUUAAUGCUGUACCUACCACUGAUGAACAACCUUGCAAGCAAUCUCAGUUGUUUCCACCAUCCUGCAGUUUAGAAGAUGAAGCCAUGGUGCAGCAGGUGUCAUCUACUGAGCAGCGCUCCCCCAAGCCCCUUUCUGUUCCACAAAGCCCCAUCAACAGGACUCCUACCCAAACUCGGCCACGCCGGGCAAGUUUGGCUUCUGCGCGUAGUAGUGGUCCUGCAGGAAACUCCUCCACAGUGGACGACUUGGAGGACCUGCUGGAUGAAUUUACUGAUGACAGGUUGGAGGAUGAGAUUGAACUGGACCCUGGCAAAGGCGAGGAUGACCUUUUGUUGGAGCUUUCUGAGAUGAUUGACAGCUAAGAUUGAUCUCACGGAAUACUCAUUAACUGAAUUAUGUCAAGUUAUUUGACCUUUAAAACACUCUUGACUUAUUGAGCUGAACGUUUUCUUUGUCUUAAACAAAAAAACAUUUUUAAGCAUCUAACAAAGUGUUUUUGUUUUCUUUACUCUUGAGUAAAUGUUAGUUUCCCGUUUUUAUUUCUGUUUUUGACUAUUUAAAUGUUUUAAAUAUUCAAUUUCUGCACAUAGUCAAUAAAAUUCACUUCUAUAUUGAUGGGUAUUGUAAAGAUCUCAAAGAAAUUCAUUGAACCAUUAAAUUAUAAUAUGCUCAUCAAUUGUUGUUUGCUCAUACUGUACAUUUAUUGCUUGUUUAUGGAGUCUGAUUUGUUGCACAGUGCAAAGAACUUGCAGCUUAUCAUGUAAAUAAUGCAGAAAGUGUUAAUUUUGUAUACUGUGUAUGCUUCAGAGAACUAUAAGUUGAUGGAGGGCCAGGAAGGCAAAUGAUGUCUUAAUCAGUGCUCUCGUUCAUAUAAGUUAAUUUCCUAUUUGAAAUUGGUUUUGCUGAAUGUUUAUUGACUGUGAAUGGAUUAUAUUCUUUUAAUGAAAAUGUUUGUUUGAUUUUGAAAAAGCGUCUAAAAUUUAAGAAGGGAUUGUAUAGAUUUGUUUUCAGGAUUCUGGGAUUUGUCAGGCCUACCUGUAUCUUGUUGCAUGUAUGUUGCUCAACAUUAGGCUUAUGUUUAAACCAUUGUCAAUAAUGAGAACAUGUUUUUCCUUUUCAGUCACUUCAAAUGUUUUUACUGUUUGUAUAGGUUCUCAGGGACUGCUUUACCGUUUUCAAAUAUUUUUACCCAUGAUGGAUUUAAGUACUUAUUCAGACAGGUCCUUGUCUCUGUACUGUUAGUAGUUACUACUUGACCUCAAGAUGACUGUUUUAAUUUAGAUUUUCAAAUGGAUAGAAUUGGCAUCUGCAUUAUGGUUGGUUUAACUGCAACUUUGUGAAAGAAAUGGACAAAGCUUUAUUAAAACAUUUUUCUAUAAUUUC